AUUUCAUUUAUUUUCCAGUACCAGAAUAUCCUUCAAGAGCAGUACGGGUUUGACCCGUUAAGCCCGCUCAUUCCGGAAACCAUAAACCAACUGAAGGAACUACGGAAAGUGUUGUGCAACACUUCACCGAAAGUAAAUAGUUCGCAAUAUACGUCGGACAAAAAAGUAUCAGCGCCAGACUUCGAAGAAACCACAGAGGGAUCCCAGUGGCAAAAUAUCGAUAAUGCUGAUGAAAUUGAUAAGUACAUAAGCCAAGAUAAAGAUAAAUUGGACUCCGGCCUGUACCUCGCAGAAAACAUCCACAUCAGUGAAAUUCCGAGAAUCAAAAUUAUCGCGAAAAAGUUUUCUCGAUUCAAAAAGAACAAUGUCGAGUUGAGAAAACUCGAUGAGAAAGUGGUUUGCGUGGAAUAUGACGUAUACCUAGGAGAUUGUCUGCAGCCCAGGGAGAAACUCCGAGCAUUCUUUUCUAUUAAACCUACGUACGGAAAUGAAAAUCAAGGAGAAGAAAGCGUAACUUUCAGCCAAUUGCCCAAAAAAGUUAAGAACAACUUCAACAUCUCCAACGAAGACCUGAAAAAACUUAACGAGAAAGAGAUAGAAAUUAUAGAUGGUAAGAUCACAGAAAACAAGACCUAUCUGGAGGACCUCAAGAGAAUCCUGAGGAGGAAGCAAGCGAUUUACGCCAAGAAGAAUAAAACUACAUUGGAUUUAUUGUCGCUGUAUGAAAUGGCGAAGAGAGAAAGCCCUCCUCUAGAUGAUGAGUUCUCCAAUACAAAUUUUCUAUCAAAAGCAGAAUUGCAAGAGAUGAAGGAUUUGAUACUGAGAAAAUGUGCGUCUAGCGUUCAUGGCGUUAGUAGAAGGACCGUGAAGAAGUCCCCUGAAGAAUCUAACGAUAUGGGGGUCAUAUCGCAAAGCAUCAUGGCAGAGGUGUGGCGGGAAAGCAACAUAGAAUAUAAAUAAAUUGCGUGUUUUCUGUUUAAGUAUGUUUAAUUUUUGAUAACAAAAUGAGAAACAAUUUAACGAUAAGUAUAAUCACAUUCAUUGAGCUGCCUUAUUGAUUAUAUUGAUGGAAAAUAUGCUAUGUUUAGAUUGUGUCGUCGUCAAUAGCACAAUACUUUCCGAAUAUUUUUUUAAUGAACAACAGAUCUCUUGAUAUUCAAUUCAAAAAAAUAAAAUUAAGUUAAAUGGCACAUUUAUUUACAUAGAGCUACAGCUUUCAUCAUAAUAUUACCAAGUAUCAAAAAUACAUAGACUAUAAAAUAAAUUUAUGCUUAUUUACCUAUAAAAUGUUCCGACAAUUUAAGGUUCGGCCAAACCAACGCGAUCACACCACACGCGAUCAGCCGGCGUGCAGCGAUGGCGACCAGACUUAAAUGGAUUGAUCGCCAUCGCUGCACGCCGGCUGAUCGCGUGUGAUCGCGUUGGUUUGGCUGAACCUUUAAUGUAUGGAUGACGGAAACUUAUUCUUGGACAUUAUACCUACAUUAAGGCCCAGAGCAGACGGUGAAACGCAACUGCAACGAAACGACAACUUUCUGAUGAUUCUGA